AUGAUGCAGCUACCAGGUGCCAAGUUCUCAGCUGCACGGAAGAAGCUUAUCUUCAACAGACUUCGCAGGGGUUACAGGGCGGCCACGCUGUCCUGGCUCUCCUUGUCGGGCCAUUCCGCCCUCCUCCGGGUGGCCUCCACUUCCUACCACCAGCACGGAGGGAGGGGCCGCGCGGUCCCCGGGGACCAGGUCUCGGAGCCCGUGUCCGCUGCCCUCCGCCGGGGAGCUCCGGACCCCAGCCGCCGGGCCGGGCCGCGGUCCCUCCCCACGACCGGCCGCCGCAGCCCUCUACCUGCCUCCCGGCCGCCCCUUCGCGGCCCCGGGCCGGGCGCGCCCGGAGGCCACCUGGCCGGCCACCGCGGGGCCCCGCCGCUCGGGCCCGGAGCCGGCCGGGGUGGCGGGCGGGCCCGGCGCGGCUCGGCCGGGGGACCGGUCCCAGGGGCGCGGCCCGGCCGCCGCCCCCGCCCCCCCGCCCCGGGGGCCGGGCCGGGCUCCCGGGGGGCGGGGACUCGCCCAGUGGCAGCAGCGUCCGGGCCGGCGGCGGGCGCGGGGCGGCUUCCUGCAGGCGGCGCCGGGGCGAGCCGUGGCCGGCUGCAGCCUCCGCCGCCGGGUCGCGGGUCGCGGGGGCCGCGGCGCUCGGGCCGCGUCCGUGCUCCCGGGCGCGCUGCGCGGCCGUCGCUGCUGCCCGCGCUCGUGCCGCCGCUGCCGCCGCCGCCGCCGCCGGUUACGCCAGCCCCGCCGCCGCCCGCUCUGAUUCUGCGCAUAGGAGGUACCGGGACGCGGGGCACGGUCCGGCCCCAGCCCGCGGGCGGAGGCGAGCGGCCGGGCGGGGCCGGGCGGGCCGGGCCGGGCCGGGCGCGAGCGGAGUUGCCGAGCCCGCGGCGGCGGCGGCGGGUGGCGGGGGCCGGGCGCGCCGCCCGCCGCCCCGCCGCCUCCCGCGGCGCCCGCCCGCCGCCUUUCUCUUUCUCUCGCACUCUUACUCCAUCCACUUCGCGGCCUGGGAGGGGAAGGAGGAAGCCGGGCGGAGCCGGCGGGGAGGUAGCGGUCCCGGGGAGGUGUUUCUCGCCCGACGAGCCGCCCCGAGUGCAGAAAGUACAGGUUGAAAGGAUAGUAGACAAGAGGAAGAACAAGAAGGGCAAGUGGGAGUACCUCAUCCGAUGGAAGGGCUACGGCAGCGCCGAGGACACGUGGGAGCCCGAGCACCACCUGCUGCACUGCGAGGAGUUCAUCGACGAGUUCAACGGGCUGCCCGCGCCCCGCGACAAGCGCGCCAAGGCGGGCAAGCAGCCGGGCGCCGGCAAGCUCCUGCGCGCCGAGCCCGGGCGCAGCAAGGCGGCCUCGCACAAGCGCAAGCGCAUCGCGCCGGCGCUGCCCAAGCCCAAGAAGGGCUGCGCGGGCAAGGCCCCGGGCGCGGGGGGCGACAGGGCCGCCAAGACGGUGUCCUACCGGACUACGCCCAGCGGCUUGCAGAUCAUGCCCCUGAAGAAGGCGCAGAACGGCCUGGAGAACGGGGACGCCGGCUCCGAGAAGGACGAGAGGCACUUUGGGAACGGGUCCCAUCAGCCUGACGUGGAUUUGGAUGACCCGGUGGGAGAGCAGGAUGCCGGCGACUGUGACGGGACCCACUCGGUGCUGGUGGAGAACGGGCUCGGCUCUGCACUGACCAAUGGGGGGCUGAGCCUGCACAGCCCCGUGAAGAGGAAGCUGGAGGCAGAGAAGGACUAUGUCUUUGACAAGAGGCUCAGGUACAGCGUCCGCCAGAACGAGAGCAACUGUCGGUUUCGAGACAUCGUGGUGCGGAAGGAGGAAGGGUUCACCCACAUCCUGCUGUCCAGCCAGACCUCGGACAACAACGCGCUGACGCCAGAGAACAUGAAGGAGGUCCGGCGCGCGCUGUGCAACGCGGCCACGGACGACAGCAAGCUGCUGCUCCUCAGCGCGGUGGGGAGCGUGUUCUGCAGCGGCCUGGACUAUUCCUACCUAAUUGGCCGGCUGUCCAGCGACCGGAGGAAGGAGAGCACUCGGAUCGCAGAGGCCAUCAGGGACUUUGUGAAGGCCUUUAUUCAGUUUAAGAAGCCUAUUGUGGUGGCCAUCAACGGGCCGGCCCUGGGCCUGGGUGCCUCCAUUCUGCCUCUCUGUGACAUCGUGUGGGCCAGCGAGAAGGCCUGGUUUCAGACGCCCUACGCCACCAUCCGCCUCACACCUGCCGGCUGCUCCUCCUACACCUUCCCCCAGAUCCUGGGUGUGGCACUGGCUAAUGAGAUGCUCUUCUGCGGGCGGAAGCUCACGGCCCAGGAGGCGUGCAGCAGAGGCCUGGUGUCCCAAGUCUUCUGGCCCACCACCUUCAGCCAGGAGGUCAUGCUGCGGGUCAAGGAGAUGGCGUCCUGCAGCGCCGUGGUGUUGGAGGAAUCCAAAUGCCUGGUGCGGAGCUUCCUGAAGGCAGUGCUGGAGGACGUGAACGAGAAGGAGUGCCUCAUGCUCAAGCAGCUGUGGAGCUCCUCCAAGGGCCUGGACUCGCUCUUCAGCUACCUGCAGGACAAGAUCUAUGAGGUCUGAAGGGCUCCCGUCACUCGUGCCCGUGCUCACGGCACCUGACUUCCGGCUCAGCCCUGGGCUCCGGCCCCCGGAGCCUGGCGUCGCCCUGGCCAAGGAGUUUGUCAAGCUGUCUCUGUUCCUUGGGUUGUGUCCAUUUCCUCGUGUCCUCUGGUUGCUCCUCAUUGGUUUGGUUUUGUGUAACAGUGGGAAAGGCGGCCUCCUGGCCUCCCACGCCCCUCCCCGCGGGUACAGGGCUCUCCAGGGCUGCGUCUUCCCAGAGCCCCGCCAGGCACCGCUGGCCUUUCCCCGCUUGCUGAAAUGCACCACCGUGUCCAGGAAUGGGAAGGCCACUCUCCCCAUCCUUCUGACUCAGGCUGUGUCUGCACAGUGCCUCUGAUUUGGAGAUGGGGCCCUCAUGGCUCUCUCUGGUUAAGUGUAGAUCUGGUGCCAGGGGACGAUCAAUCUUAGGGAAUUCACAGACCAAUGAGCAAGUGCUUGUGUAGACCUGACUUCAGUCUCCUCUCCAGUGCAAAUCUGUGUGACUCUUAGGGCUUGGUCUUAAAACCCAACCAAGUGAUUUACAAACCCAGAUAUUGUACAUUUAGAAAUGUUUUGUUAAAUAUAUAUUUUUAAAACAAUGUAAGUGGAAAUUCUGAUAAUUUAUGUGUAUUAUAUGUAAAGCUAGUUUUGCAAAAACAUGAACUACUAGGAAACUGUUUUUUUUUCCUUUAAUUGGACUUAUUUUAUUUAUUUAUUUCUGUUUAUAUAUUAUGAUGUCUGUUGUUCACACAGAUCUUAUUUUCAUACUGCCCUGGACCAAAUACCAUUCAAGGUUCAUGCCGUUUGGUGCAUUCUAGCAAUGAACCACAAGAAAUAAAACUCAGAGAGAUGACAACAGAAGGAUUUCUGUGGAUAAAAGUAGCAGCUCUGCGUCAGAUCCUCUGUGUGCAGCUAAACUCACAUUACGCUUGUUCUUUAGUCUUGUCCUUAGGAGAAAUCAUGGUGGAGUUUCCUCUUCACUCACUGUCUUUAAGGAGAUCAAGGGCUCUCUCUGCCCGAAGGGUCUGCAAACACACCCAGCCCCUCGUUGUGUGCCCUGAGAAAGGCUCGGGCGCAGGCCCCCCGGACUGGCAUGCUGCCUGGAGUGUUUUCCUCUGGGGCAAAGGCCUGACCUGGGUUCUAGAGACUGCUGGCUGUGUGCUUGGGGGAGACGAGAAAGAGUUCCAGGUCUGCUGACUCUCCGCAGUCUGAACUGUUUUGCCUCCAGCAGUUGGAUUGUUCUUCUUCCUAGUUCUUGACUCAUUCGAAGCAGCCACAACCAGGAGGAGGCCUCCCUGUCCCUAUGACCUGGCUGCAGGGCCUCCAGCAGUUCAGCAACUGUAUUUGCACCAUCCCACUGAAGACCCUGCAUCUACCACAGGGAGUGGGGUCAGGUCUGGGUUUCAGUUGGCCAAGAGGAAGGUGUGAACAUCAAGGCUGGAGGGGAGAAAAGGAAGUGUCUCUUUUUGGGGGCUUAACGAGCCUGUGCAGUCAGGUGGGGAAGCACCUGUUUUUGCCCCAAUGCCUGUUUCUUCUCCAGUGGGCUGGUCUCCUGUCUGCCUUCCCACAGCCUUUGGACCAACCUCAUUCUUGUAUGUUGUGGCAGAGAAUCUUCACGGUUGCUGCGUCCUCUGUGGAAAGGGCCCCUGGCUUUGUUUAGUUUCUGAUCAGGGUUGGUCGGUCACAUUCAGCAUCUACAGAAGCAGUGCCAGGUUCUCAUUGGAAGUGGAAGGUGGUAGAGUCUUUUUUGUAGAUGUCUAUCUUUGUUUCCUGCUGAAAGAACCAGAAAUGUUUGAACUUUGCACAUAUCAUCAACUCCAGACCUCAGGAGGCUCCGUAAUGAGGGGCAGGCCUGGGGAACCCCUCCCAAGGUGGAAGCCAUGCCAUUACCGUGUAGGUUCUGGCUGUGGUGGGGUGUUUUAAAGGCAGACCGUGUCUUGGCUGUUUGCAUGAAGCCAGUUCAAUUAGAAAGUUCCACCCCUUGUUCAAGCGUCAGUGCAGUCUGUUGCUGACUGAACCCCCGGAAUUUUCACUUUGGGGAUAGUUGUUUUGCCACUGUGUAGGUGAGAUCCAGGUAGCUUGUGGAAAUUGAUCUGGGAUGAAGGACACCAGACCCAUGGGCAUGUUGAGGUUUGUCCUAACAGCUCUCUUGAGAAUGGGGUUCAGAGUUUCAGUUUUUAUCUUGGACCCCAGAGUCCCUUCUCCACCUGUGGGAUCCUUUCUCUCCUCUCUCCCCUGCUUCUGCCCCACUCUCUACUCCUCCACGUCUGUCCUGCCCUAGAACCUGGACAGGUCUUUGAGGAAUGAUCACUGGUCUUGGACGCCCACCCCAGAAUGCCUUUGGGUUUGAAGAGUAGCCGUAGGUGGGGAGUCGAAGUGCCUGUCCUUAGUGGGGGACGGUUCCAGCAGCCCACCCCUCCCCGUCGGUCAGCCACGCAGAGGAGCCUUGCUUCCCACUGCCCCAGCCCAGGCCAGUUGACUCCCGGUGUCCUGUGUGGGGCAUUGGCACUAACAGCCCUGCCCCAGAGGACUCGUGAGAACUUCUGUCGCGGUCAGACCUCCUCAUAAGGAAGCCACGGCCUAAAGCGAAGUCACGCUCGCGGGUCCCUGCCCGCGCAGAAAUAAUGUCAGUGGGGAAAAGCCGUCCACAUUUCUUGCUCAGAAUGAAAUUGGGUAACGAUGAGAAGGAACUAGAGAAUCGAUUUUAAGUAGUAUUCUUGUUUGGUAUGGAUUAAACUAGGCUAUGUUCUCACAGAAGCAUGCAACACAUUUUCCCCAUAUGAAGUUUCGUGAGGUCAGAAAAAUAAUAGCCACAGUGGACUUGGAACAAUGCAGCUGCAUCUCUGCACAGCCACAUCUAAAAAUAGCCUUGACCGAGGGCUGAAUUACAUUUCCCAUUAUUAAUUGUUGGGUUUUGAAAAAACUAAACCCUUUAAGAACACUUUUAAAAAGUUUGUAAACUUUUUAAAUUUGGAAUUGAGUCACAUUCCCAAUUUUCCAAUCUAGUUUCUGUGGGAAUUUUUUUUAAACAGAGAAACAAAUAAGAACAUCCACAAAUCUUCCAAAGUGAAUAUUUAAAAUGCAGAAUUGCUUCUCUCCUGGGUUCAGACACUUGGAUCUAUUGUAUAUAUUAGUCUAGACCCUCUCACUAAUAUACACAGUAUUUAAGACUCUAAAUGAGAUUUCUUAAGUAUUUUAUUUUAUUCUCUGUAAAUGGUUUUGUAAACUCUUUAAAAAUCUACACUUUGCCUUUGUAGAUACAUCUUCGGGGGUUGUCUUGCAUGUAUAUUUUUGUUGUAGAUAAGUGUCGCUUAGUUCUUUCUGCAGAUUUUGGUUGAAAUGCUUACAGACUUUAAUACAGUAUAUAUUUUCAGAAUAUAAACUUUUAUAUUUCUGUGGUAAGUUAGGAUAUGCGUUUUAGGCAAUCUUUUCCAUUAUUAUCACUCGUUCUUUCAAAAAAUAUCAUACUGGUUUGGUGCCAAUGGGUUUGGUUUUUUUUUUUUUUUUUGGUCCUUUGUUAUUUUUGUUUUUGUUUCAUAUAAUGCUCUUACACUGUUAAAGAGCAGGUUGAUUUUCUUUUUCUAGAAGUCAUUGAGUUUGAAGUAUAAUUUGAAAAUGUAUUGAAUUUGUGAAUAAGCCUUACCAUUAGGAUCAGUAAACUUCCCAACCUUUGUGACUACGGAUGUAGUUUUAAGAUCUCCCCAUAAAUUCUCACUGUGUGGCGGUUUGAUGGAGUUUGUGAACAGAGCCUUAAGCUUGUUGCAAAAAAUAAAUAAAUAAAUAAAAGGGUAAUACGGGUUGUUUCCUCCACGUAAGCCAUGCUGACGGCUCGGUGCCGUCUGCAGCUCAUGGCCGAUCUGAAGAGUCUGGUUGCGUUGAUGGCGGCAGGGACCAGGUAGACUCCUUGGUGGUCAUCUUUGGCCAUGAGAUUGGACCAAGGAUGGGUUUUCUGGAGCCACUUGCAUGCUAUUCAUAGUUUAGACAUGGUCAUGGGGAGGGAGGGCUGCUGGUUCAUCAUCUAUUCUGAACAAAUGGCAUUUCCUGCUCCUGACCCUGGUGGUAGACCCCAGGUUCCUUUCGGAUGAACUGGAAUUGUCCAGUCUGACUGUGGUCAGCACUCCUUGAGAGAUGCUAACAAAGUUUACAUGUAAGUCUUACUGUGUAGACAAUCUGAAGUUGGUUUUAGUUACAUAAUCAGCAUUCCCGUGUGUUCCGGUGUCCCCUCAAUGAACUCUGUGUGUCGAGCCAUACUAAACUGGAGGUCACAGGCCAACUGGAUGCAGAGCGUACACACUGCAGCCCAGGCACUAGACCCAGGCAGCAGUCAUGGAGCGUACCAGCAGCAGGUCCACUGUGUCUGGGAUCUAGUAAAACCAGCUAGAAUUUUGACCUGAUUUUCAAGAUAAUAAAAGGUUACAGUUUCUUUGAUUGCCCACAGUUCACUGACUGAUGCUCCUUACCCACACUUUACAUAGGAUCCUGAGUUCAGGGCUGUUGUAUUUGGUUCAUCUCCAGUAAGUGUCAUAAAGUGACCUUUCAGCCAGCAGAAUGGAGAUUUGCCGAUAUGCUUUCCAUUUUUGCAGUGUGUGUGUCAAUCGGAAAAGCCGAUGUCUCAUGUUAAGCUCAGCUCUGACAUCCCUAUGUUGACCUCACCUCGUUGGCCCAACAUCUGGCCUGACGCUGGAGCUCAUUGACUUUGGGAAGUUCAGAGUGUAGAGUUUUCCAUCUAGUAUUUAAUUUGUCCCUGUGCCAUUAGUCCCAGCUUGAAGUCAUUUGCCAAUGUCUGUGUUGACAGGAUUGUGAAAAUAUUGCCUUUCAUAAAACCAAGGACCAAAGAUUCCAUUAGUCCAACAAAGCGCGAGUUUCAUGGAUUAUAGGCACAUCUAGACAGAGAUGUGCGAGCUCGAUGACUGGCACAGAGAAACCACUCAGUCCCCCAACCUCACGCAUAUAGAGGGACCAGUUGUCACACUGAGAAGGCUCUGAAAGUGGAGUUUCUAGGUUGAAACUCGCUAUCUCAGGUGGGUGUUUCUGCUGUGUAGUCUUGGCCUUUAUAUUCAUCUCAUAACCAGUGGGAAUCUGGCAUUCAGCCGGGUGAUCUGACCCGUGUAGAUUCCUCCAUUUGCUCCUGAGCCUCCAGCUUGGGUUUGGCCCUUGAGUCUACACCAUGUGUUGGGCUCCUGCGGUUUGCCAGAUUUCCAUCUCUUUGUUCUGCAUCAACUCAUUCCGAUUCCUGCUUGGGAGGGGAAGAAUUUUCCUCAGUUCUCACACCACAUAAUGCUCCAUUCUCAUUUGUGAUGAAAUCAUCGACCCAUUGACCAGUUGAGAAAUGAUAGAUGCUGAAGAAGUGCUAUUCUAUUGGUAAGGCUUAUUACCAAACUUCUGAUAAUGAAGCAGGCUACCAAAAACGUAUCCAGCCCACCCCAGGAGUGUUUGGGUUUGAUCAUGGAUGUACACACACACCAAAAUCCACGGAGACCUUUGCAAAUUAGACUACUCGUUUUAUUUUGCCCGAUUUUCUUGGGAGAGUCUUCAGCUCGCUCUGAAUAUUUGUACGUAUGAGUACUUCAUGGAGUUGUAAAGCAGGUACCGCUGACCCGUUCUCACCGCGUUGUAAAUAUUUCCCCAAGCUGGGUACAGUGCUGAGGGAUAAUAAUCUUCUGAUUUAUCCAAUGCUGACUGUCUAGAGCAAAUUGUACACUCUCUUUGUGAAUGGUCCUGUAACGUGUAUGAACACAUUUCUGGGUGCCUUAGAAGUUGUAUUUUUCAUGUGUGCUAAUAUGCAGUAUUUAUACAUUGUGAGAAGCUGCUUUGAAUAAAAAGGUUGAAACUUCG